AAAGGACCACACUGACCAAUAAGAGAACAGCACGGGGUGGGAUUUAUCCACUCACACCUCUGCACAGAAAAUCAGUGGUGUGGGAGAACGACAGCAAGGACGGGGACAGGUGCAGUCAAACAGAGACACGAAGACACUGCAUUUGACAUGGACGCAUCAGCCUGACCAGCUCCAGUCCCGUUUUCCAACAGGUCCACCGCACCCGCCAACAUGUCGACGGUAGAAGGAGCCGGCCAGGAUGACGAAGGGGAGUACGGAAGGGCGGCAAAGCGGCUGAAAACGGAGGAGAGGGAGGAGGGGGAAGAUGAGCUGGAGGAGGGGGAGGAUUCGGACUCCGGUUCGCUGCCUGGUAACGCAGAUUCCGUGGUGGAAACCCGGGCCCGGUGGAGCUGCAUCGAAUACGGAGCAGGACGGAGGAAUAAUAGCGAGGACUCACACCGUAUAUCUCCCAGUCCUGUGGUCCAUGUCAGGGGUCUCUGCGAGGCUGUUGUGGAAGCAGAUCUGAUAGAUGCCCUUGAGAAGUUUGGAGCCAUAUGUUAUGUGAUGAUGAUGCCAUUCAAGCGUCAGGCCCUGGUGGAGUUCUCUGCAGUGGAGAGUGCUGAUCGCUGUGUGUCGUGUGGAGCCAAGGAGCCUGUAUACAUCGCAGGCCAACAAGCGUACUUUAAUUACUCCACAUCCAAGAGAAUCACCAGGCCGACCAAUGCUGACAACCCCAACAGUGGCAACAAGGUCCUUCUGCUGUCCAUACAGAAUCCCCUCUACCCCAUAACCACGGAUGUUCUGUACACUGUGUGUAAUCCCAUUGGCAGUGUGCUGAGGAUCGUUAUCUUUAAACGGAACGGAAUCCAGGCCAUGGUGGAGUUUGAGUCAGUUCAGUGUGCUCAGAAGGCCAAAGCUGCACUGAAUGGAGCUGACAUCUACGCUGGUUGCUGUACACUCAAGAUUGAAUAUGCAAGGCCAACACGUCUGAAUGUGAUUAAGAACGACAAUGAGAGCUGGGACUACACUAAACCGUAUUUGGUCAGACGAGAGCGUGGAAAGGGCAGACAGAGGCAGGCAAUUUUAGGAGAACACCCAUCGUCCUACAGUGAGAAUGGCUACGGUCCACCCUGCCCCCUGCUACCUCUGCCUGGUAACAGCAGGUAUAAGCUCACAGUGGAUGUUCCAGACAUGGUGUCCUACCCUCUGCCCCAGUCAUCCUCCUCAUACUCUGGCCACGCCCCUAGCUCUGUUGCCAUGGUGAGCGGCCUCCAUCCAUCCAAAAUGAACUGCACCCGCAUCUUCAACCUCUUCUGCCUUUAUGGCAACAUUGAGAAGGUGAAGUUUAUGAAGAGUGUUCCUGGUACAGCAUUGGUUGAGAUGGGAGAUGAGUAUGCUGUUGACAGAGCCAUCACACACCUCAACAGUAUCAAGGUGUUUGGCAAGAGACUCAACGUCUGUGUGUCUAAACAGCAUGCAGUGAUCCCCAGUCAGGUCUUUGAGUUAGAGGAUGGCAGCAGCAGCUAUAAGGACUUUGCCAUGACCAGGAACAAUCGCUUCAGCAGCGCUGGACAGGCGUCUAAAAACAUCAUCCAGCCUCCAUCUGCUGUGCUGCACUAUUACAAUGUGCCUCCAUGCAUAUCACAGGACCAUUUACUGAGGCUGUGUACGGAGCAUGAUGUGCCUGUCUUUGUCAAAUUCAAGAUGUUUGAUGCCAAACCCUCCUCCAAGACCAUCUCUGGCUUGUUGGAAUUUGAAAAUAAGACAGAUGCUGUGGAGGUUCUUACUGUUCUCAACCAUUACCAGAUCAGGAUACCCAAUGGGUCCAACCCAUACACCCUGAAACUGUGUUUCUCCACCUCGUCACAUCUAUAAAAAGCUGCAGAGCACAAGAAGAGUAUGCUGAGAGUUGAUGUCUGACCUCUGACCUGAGGAAGGGACCAUGGGACAGACACAGAGUGGAUGAGAGAUAAUGAGUGAUAAUAUUCACGAAAGAAGAUAAUGGGAGAGAGAUGGAGACCAAGAUGAUGAAGUGAAGACACUCACCAUCUCUAAAUGGAACAUCACUUAUUGUAUCAUCCCACCAGUCAGCCAUAACUCUCAAGCUGACAGACUAGCGAUGCAUAAUAAUGUCUUCAUAUUGUCACGUGGGACAUCUGGAGGACACUGCUCAUAUGUUAGUCCCUGAAGUCUUCACUGCAUGGUAAAAAGUGUCUUGAAGUGUGGACCUAGACGAACAGAGGGUGACUUUAAGGAAUCUACUGUACAUUGUUAGUCACACAUAAGGAUCUAAAAUCAUAAUCUGUGCUCAUGGCAGAUGGUGACUCAAAUCAUAUUUUAAUGUUUAAAACCGAUAAAAACAGUGUGUUGCCUUGAAAUGUCAUUGAGUAUAUGUAGUGAAUAUGAAUAUAAUUUUAACACAAGUUCUCAUAUACGGUUUAUUAGAUGUCGCUUCACUGUUUAGUUCAGUCACUUUAGAGUUAGAUAUCUGGCCAGUUGUUGAGUUUGCUGUAGAUGUUUGUGGUCCUCAGAGGAAGUGACCCUCUUAACUGACUUUUCCCAUACCACCAGCAUAAGGUCAGUCAGCAGUAUGGUGUGUGACAAGGUAUAUGGGAAACUAAAGGCCUUCAAUUUCACAUGAAUAUCAAUGUUUUCCAGAUGGUUGUUUGAAAAAGCUUCUUCAACUUUACCUCCAUCACAAACCUCUGAGCCCAUUUUGCCUCAUGCAAGAACAUUGUCAUAUUCUUAUCUUAAAUUUCUCUUGCAUUUGUUCAUACAAACAUGGCACAUCAGAUUCAGCAAAGGCUUCUAACUUCAGAAAUGUAAAUGACCUGCAUAAAAAUGAUGAAUGCCACCUAUUUGAACCAGCUGGCACAAUAAGAGAAAAUUGGGAGUUAAUAACGCCAACUGCUCCAUGUCAGAAAUGUCAUUCAUGAAAAUGGCAUCAUAGAGCAAAAAGAAGAACUUAACAAGUCCAGGUAUUGAAGUCCUGUCUAGUUAACAGCAUAACAACACUCAGGACCUGCAGUGCUGUUAAUGCUGUGUCACCUGUGAGUUGCACUGAAAUAAAGAAAAAAUGGUCUGCUCAGACAUUGACCUCUUUGCAUUUUGGACAAUCCAUUAUUUUUACAUUAGUGUCGUCAUCCUCAGCCCAAAAUAUUAACAUUCAUUUAGGAUACCAGAUGAUACAUUAGUUUCCUAAUCAAACUCAUGUUUCCAGAGAGAUGAACCCUUUGGAAUCUAAUACUUAUCAUAUUUACUCUGGUCUCAAUUCCAUGACAAAUCCUAUUUUUAGCACCACUUCUGGGGAGGCUGUAAGAAUAGUUCAGUCUUUCUACUUAUGUGUAAUGAAAUCACAGCUUUCUUCUUUGACAGCAGAGGCACUGUAUUUUAUCAGCAGCAAAGGAAGGGAAUGAUGUCAAGACACAGUUAAUACAACAAGAAGAUGGAGCUAAUCAAAAUGAUGACUGUGUGAAGUAUGCAUGUAAUGCUAGUGCUUGCUUAGGUUUAAUCACACAGUUGCAGGUUAGGUUAAAUGGCAUCUCUAAAUUGCUUGUAGAAUGUUAUUGUUUAUCUAUUUUUUUGGGGCUGUGCCCAGACUCUAGAUGCUCGCUGGCGAGCUCUGCUCCCAGGUCUGGCUCCAAGAGAGCUUCCUUCCUUAUUGUAAUGCAUUUCCCCUUGAAACAGCAAACAGGGACUGACAAGUAAUUCAGUAUAAACCAAUGGGACAUAAUCGACUUACCCAGCAAGUACCAUCUUUGAGGGUAUGGCACCACUAAACAAAAGUCAGGUUUGAAUAAUAAGAUAAUAAAUGUAAAUUCACCUGAAAAUAGCGGAAAAUGCAGUGUUGGCCGGUCUGUCAAAGUAGAAUAGGGAAAAGGAGGCUUAACUUCAAUCCAAACUUUGGAAUUAUACAAUAUUAAAUUAAAUUUUGCUCUAUCAUAUCAAACAGAAUUUUUUUACUUUGAAUGAAAUGUGUGAGUAAAUGGGCGAUCCAAGAUCAGCAUAGAUGGAUUACAGACUGGGCCCAAGGACCUGAACGGUCUGAUGGUCCCUGGGUAAGAGCCUCUGUAUGAACUGACUUGUUGUGAUUUGUAGUUUGAAAGUCAUAGAGGUCAGUUAAAUGAUACAAAAUGAUGCAAAGCAGCUUUCGCACGAUUGAGGACCUGUUAACCUGUCUGUGCCCACACACCCAUUUUCCCUGUCCAUGUCCUGAGUGAUUUAUUGGAUGGUACUUGGAUUGGAUGGACACACUUAGCUUCUAUGAGACCAGUUCUUUUGUGAAGUUGAGUACAAAAAGCAUAUUGUUUCACCCAGUAACUCUUUGACUUGCAGAUUUCACUGCACCAAGCCUUUCUUUUAUUUCAUCAUAAUGCAUCAGAAUGAAGGUAUGCUCCUAUUCUUAUGUGUUGGUAAGGUAACAGUGUGAAAAGUUUUGACGUGAAUGAUGAAUACCACAAAGUCUGCUCUUAAAUAAAUGCCCUUUUAGAUGUUGUGCAACAGUUUCAUUUAAUGGACAAAAAAAGUUUAUAUAUCUUCUGUUUGUCUUAAAUCAAUUGAAUCUUAUUGUAUUUCUAAUGAGGUUUUAUUUAUUUAUUUAUUCGUUUUUUAAGCCUUUAAGGUAGUUAGAUGAAUGGGCUAUCUAAUUAUUUUAGGCUAUAAAGGUUUAAUGUUGUCAAUUUUGUGUAAUCAAAGACAAAACAUGUAGAAAAAUAGAACUAUAUUGUGCCAUUCAUUUAAGAAUGUUGUUGUAACUUACAUGUAUAAAGUCAAUAAAUCCAAGUCUGUGGCUGCGAGAUCACAGUUCAAAUCUG